ACCCAAUGGCUGCCUACAUUGAUUUGGUGAGGCGGGACGGUUGAUGGCCCCAGCCAAUAGGUAUGGAUGUCGUCAUCGGAUAACCAGGCCGCCCAUAUAAAAGGCGCACGCGGGCGCGCGGGCCUCCUCUCGCCAGGCGUCCUCAUUAGAGUGACAUCGUCUUUAAACCCUGCGUGGCAAUCCCUGACGCACCGCCGUGAUGCCCAGGGAAGACAGGGCGACCUGGAAGUCCAACUACUUCCUUAAGAUCAUCCAACUUUUGGAUGAUUACCCAAAAUGCUUUAUUGUGGGAGCAGACAAUGUGGGCUCAAAGCAGAUGCAGCAGAUCCGCAUGUCCCUUCAAGGGAAGGCUGUGGUGCUGAUGGGCAAAAACACCAUGAUGCGCAAGGCCAUCCGGGGGCACCUGGAGAACAACCCAGCUCUGGAGAAGCUGCUGCCCCACAUCCGGGGGAAUGUGGGCUUUGUGUUCACCAAGGAGGACCUCACUGAAAUUAGGGACAUGCUGCUGGCCAAUAAGGUGCCGGCUGCUGCCCGUGCUGGUGCCAUCGCCCCAUGUGAGGUCACUGUGCCAGCCCAGAACACUGGUCUGGGGCCCGAGAAGACCUCUUUCUUCCAGGCUUUGGGCAUCACCACUAAAAUCUCCAGGGGCACCAUUGAAAUUCUAAGUGAUGUGCAGCUGAUAAAAACUGGAGACAAAGUAGGAGCCAGUGAAGCCACACUGCUGAACAUGCUCAACAUCUCCCCCUUCUCCUUUGGGCUGAUCAUCCAGCAGGUGUUUGACAAUGGCAGCAUUUACAACCCAGAAGUGCUUGACAUCACAGAGCAGACUUUGCACUCACGCUUCCUAGAGGGUGUCCGAAAUGUUGCCAGUGUUUGUCUGCAGAUUGGUUACCCGACUGUUGCCUCAGUGCCACACUCUAUCAUCAAUGGUUACAAGCGGGUCCUGGCUUUGUCUGUGGAGACUGAUUACACCUUCCCACUUGCUGAAAAGGUCAAGGCCUUCUUGGCUGAUCCAUCUUGGAAGAUGACAUUGGCCCCACUUGCUGAAAAGGUCAAGGCCUUCUUGGCUGAUCCAUCUGCAUUUGUGGCUGCUGCCCCAGCCCAGGCUGAAGCCAAGGAAGAGUCGGAGGAAUCAGAUGAGGAUAUGGGAUUUGGUCUGUUUGACUGAUCCCUCAGAGCAACCUACUCAGCCAGUUUAAUUUGAGAAAUAUGGAAAUAAAGAAUAAAGUCUUACUUCUGUUAAAA